AUGUUACCAAUACACAAUGUUUCAGCUAAACUAAUAGACAAAGUUCCAGCUAAACCAAUGGACAGUGUUCCAGCUAAACCAAUAGACAAUGUUCCAGCUAAACAAAUAGACAAUGUUCCAGCUAAACUAAUAGACAGUGUUCCAGCUAAACCAAUGGACAAUGUUCCAGCGAAACAAAUAGACAAUGUUCCAGUGAAACAAAUAGACAAUUUUCCAGCUAAACUAAUAGACAGUGUUCCAGCUAAACCGAUGGACAAUGUUCCAGCUAAACCAAUAGACAAUGUUCCAGCUAAACAAAUAGACAAUGUUCCAGCUAAACUAAUAGACAAUGUUCUAACUAAACUAAUAGACAGUGUUCCAACUAAACUAAUAGACAAUGUUCCAGCUAAACCAAUAGACAAUGUUCCAGCUGAACCAAUAGACAAUGUUGCAGCUGAACCAAUAGACAAUGUUCCAGCUGAACCAAUAGGCAAUGUUGCAGCUGAACCAAUAGACAAUGUUUCAGCUAAACCAAUAGGCAAUGUUCCAGCUGAACCAGUGGACAAUGUUCCAGCUAAACCAAUGGACAAUGUUCCAGCUAAACGAAUGGACAAUGUUCCAGCUAAACGAAUGGACAAUGUUCCAGCUAAACGAAUGGACAUUGUUCCAGCUAAAUGA